AUGCUUUGGGUCGACAAAUAUCGCCCUGUGAAGUUGGAUGAUCUGUCUUACCAUGAUACGAUUUCGCAACGCCUUUCGUCGCUCGCUUCAAACCCCGAAUCCAUGCCGCAUCUGUUCUUCUACGGACCCGCCGGCGCCGGUAAAAAGACACGCAUCACCGCACUUCUCGGAUCGCUGUACGGGCCUGGGGCGUCUCGACUAAAGCUGGAUAAGAGGACCUUUACGACGCCGACGAAGCGAACAGUUGAACUGAAUAUGAUAACCAGCAACUACCAUAUCGAAAUUAGCCCGGGCGAUGCUGGGCUAAACGACCGCUUCGUUAUUCAAGAUGUUAUCAAGGAAAUGGCUUCGAAUAAAAACGUAGGUGCCAGCGCUACUAGCUCUGAGCGGAAAUCAGGGGCUGCGACAUUCAAAACGGUCGUCCUGGUCGAAGUAGACCGUUUGAGUCGACAAGCCCAGGCUGCCUUGCGUCGUACAAUGGAAAAGUAUGCCAGCACCUGCCGCUUGAUCUUGGUCUGUAAUAAUCAGAGCAAAGUUAUCGAACCGGUUCGCAGUCGCUGUCUUGGGAUUCGAGUAGCAGCGCCGACGGAAGACGAGAUAUGCAAAGUCCUGAAGAGCGUUUCGAUAAACGAAUCUUUCAUGUUACCGGACGAACUAGCGAUCAAUAUAGCUCGCGAGUCGUCUCGCAAUGUGCGUCGCGCGAUACUUAUGCUAGAAGCUUGCUACGUUCAAAAGCGAGGUGCGCUUACUAAGGACCAACCUGUCCAGAAAACAGACUGGGAACUUUACAUCAACCAACUAGCCGUGGAAAUUACACGCGAACAAACACCACAGCGUUUAAUGGCUGCGAGGGAGAAAUUGUACGAGCUUUUGGUAAACUGUAUUCCUGCAAAUGUGAUCAUCAAGACUCUUGCGAAGGAACUCAUGAAGAAUCUUGAUGAUAGCUUGAAGCGAGAAGUAAUUGAAUGGGCCGCAUUCUACGAGCACCGAAUUUCUUUGGGAAGCAAAGAAAUUUUUCACUUGGAAGCUUUCGUUGCCAAGUUCAUGGCGGUUUACAAGAAGUAUCUCAACGACCUUUUUGCGUAA